AAACAGAACUUGCUGUUCCGACCAGAUAGCUCAGCAAACGUAACACAAGGUAUGGGUGCUAACAAACAUGUCUUGUAUUGUUGACUGAGAUUGAAUAUAAUUUGUCUAAAAUUCGAAGGCGGUAACGUUGUAUAACCGUUAGGACGCGGUCUUACGUAAGUUGACAUUUCUACAUGCACGUGCCGUGGUGGAAGAAGGCAUUUUCAGACCUGUGAGAGAAAAUGAUGGUUGUACGCAUGCUGAAGUACGGGGCAACAGGAGGCUUGUUGGGAACCUCUGCCUUCUGGUUACACUACAACAGCUGGGACCCCGUGGACAGUACCAUCGGCCUGGUGAGGAUCAGCAGGGCCGUCGUUACGGUGGCGAAGAUUGCAGUGGAUUACAAGAACACCCUUUCCAACUCCAAGGCAGCUGUUGGGACUGAGGAGUACCAACAGCUGAAGUCAGCAUGUCACCUGAGAUCAGCUGAGCGGCUGUACCAGCUUUGCUGUGUCAACCGUGGCUGUUACAUCAAGGUUGGACAGCACAUCGGGGCUCUAGACUAUCUAUUGCCUACUGAAUAUGUGCAGACUAUGAAGAUUCUUCACAGCAAGGCACCGCAGUCUUCCCUAUCAGAGAUACACCAGGUUAUCAAAGAAGAUCUUGGAAAGGAGCCUGGUGAGAUCUUCCGCUGGUUUGAUGAGCAGCCUCUCGGGGCUGCCUCACUGGCCCAAGUCCACCAGGCCACACUACAGGACGGCACGUCGGUGGCUGUGAAAGUGCAGCAUCCCAAGGUACAACGUCAGUCCAAGCUGGAUCUAAAUACCAUGGAAUUACUGGCAAAUAUCGUAGCCAAGUUGUUUCCAGAGUUUCAGUUUCUGUGGUUGUGUGAUGAGGCAAAGAAAAACCUUCCAAAGGAGCUGGACUUCCUUCAAGAGGGUCAGAAUUGUGAGAAAGUAGAGAGGAUUCUCAAGAAGUAUAGCUAUCUCAGGGUCCCCAAGAUCUAUUGGGAGCUUUCUACUGAACGUGUGCUCACUAUGGAGUUCUGCCAAGGUGGACAGAUCAAUGACCUGGAAUACAUGCAUAACAACAACAUCAGCGUCAAUGAGGUCACGCGAAACCUGGGAAAGCUUUAUAGCGAGAUGAUCUUUGUUCAGGGUUUCAUCCACUGUGAUCCGCACCCUGGGAAUGUGCUGGUACGGAAGACUGCAGAUUCUGGGACGGAGAUUGUACUGUUGGAUCAUGGUCUGUACCAGACGCUGUCCGAUGAAUUUCGGCUGGACUAUUCACAACUUUGGCAGGCCAUCUUGGCUGCAGAUGUGGAAGGCAUCAAGGAGUACAGCAAGCGCCUUGGUGCAGGAGAAAUGUACGGGCUGCUAGCCUGCAUGGUGUCGGCCAGGUCAUGGGGUGCGCUGACCAAGGGAAUUGACAAGACACCCAUCUCUGUGGGCGAGGAUGACGAAGUGAAACGAUAUGCCGCAACGCUCAUUCCACAGAUCUCUGACCUCCUCAACCGAGUCCCUCGACAAAUGCUACUUCUCUUCAAGACCAACGACCUGUUGAGAGGAAUAGAACAUGCUUUGAACUGUCGUGCCAAUGCCUCGUCUUUCAUCAACAUGUCUCGCUGCUGUGUGCUUGCCGUAAGCAACCACCAGCUGGACACCACCACGAAAUGGACAGAACGAUGGAAGAUCUUGGUGUCUCGAACAAUCACUCUCUGGAAAAUUAACCUAUAUGAAUUCUUUUUGUGGUUUACUACCACAGCUUUGAUUCGUUGGAUGAGCCAACCAAUAAACUGACUGACGUAGUGACAAGCACUGAGCAAAAAGAUCAGGGAUGUUUGCCCUUUUCCAGAAAAAGGGAUAUCGAUCAUAGAAGUAAUAUUAAUAUAACAAGACUUUGGGAAAUGACACCCAGGGACGGUAUUCGACAGCGAUCAGACCACUCCUCCUUUUAUACCUUUUCUGUGCCUCCCUAGACCCUAGUGCAGGGCGCUCUGAUCUGAGAACUAAGAAAACUACUAAAACUAUAAUAUAGUAAAAGUGAAACUAGUCAAACAGUUGUGAAGGUGGCACCAAUAUGGAAGCCACGAGACUCAGUGUAGUUGCCAACCUAGUAAGUCUACCACACUAGUAUCACCUUUGCUACACCAGUGCACAUAUUGAAUACAGGAAUGAAUACCUUG